AUGCACGAAAGCACAACCAAAGAUAAAGACAAAAGUAAAGUAACAGUGUUAGACUCACUAUUUUGCCUAACUCAAGAUGAAGACACUCCAUUUGCAGUAAAAUUCGAUUUGAAUGAAACGAUUUAUGAGCUCAAGAGAGCCAUCAAGGACAAAGCUGCUGAUAUACCAGUUCUAGCUCGCCAUCUUACUUUGUGGAGAAUAUCUAUUGAUAGAAAAGCUAUUACCGAAUUCAAACAAACUUUCAACGAACAAGAUUAUACGGAAAUGGAUCCAUUAUUAGAGGCAAAUGCAUUCACUAUUGUUCUUUAUAGUUCAGUGUCUCUUUCUGAUCCAGGUCGCAUACAGAGGUUAAGGGAACAGUUUGGUUAUGCCCCAAGAUUAGGAGGAAUUGGUGGCACAACUUAUCGGGAGGAAGCAUUUACAAACUUUGAAGGUGUUGAUGUGAAUAGUAACUUGACUUGCAAGAGGCUGGCAACUGUAACAAAGUUACACAGUCACCUUCAGAAUGUAAGAUUUUUGCUUGUGUGCUCACCCCCAAUGUCUGGAAAGACAUCACUUGCACAACUCUAUGAAAACUAUUUACUCAAUACACAUAAUGAACUACGUAUAUUUCGGAUGUCACUUGUAUGGUUGAGGAGGGAGGGAUCAGACUGGGAUUUUGCACAGCAAUUCAAGGAUUAUAUGGGAUGCUUGUCAUGGGAUACCUUUGUCCAUGAGUGUGACAAAGUACAAACAAUACUGAUCAUAGAUGAAAUUCAGGUGUUAUACAAACCAGAAGGUGCAUCAGCCUGUCUAUUUGGUGGUGACAAGUUUUGGGACACUGUCAAGAGAGUUCUACAGGGUGGUGGUCUCCACAUUGUUGCUUUUGCAUCCUAUGGAUAUUGGGGAGCAUAUAGUGGACCAAGCUAUCUUAAAACUAUAUCUCCUUUUGACUUAGAUGAAAUUAAUGCUUGGAAUUUUGAAGAUGUUUGGUAUUCUGAACAAGAGUAUGCAGAUUUCUUUGAUGUUUUUUGUCACUCAAAUCUGAAACUGCUUCCUGAAGUGGAUGUCGCUCAACUUGCCAAAUAUGUGAAAGAAGCAACCAAGUGCCAUCCUGGGCUUGUCUCUUUUGUCUUGAAUGAUAUUGUUUUACAAUUUCAACACAGCUAA